ACGCCGUGCCCUCGGAGGGGCUCCUGAAGGCCACCCUCCCUUUUCUCUUGCCAUCCCUCCCGGUUCCACUCCACGGGGAACCCACCCUGCCAGCCCAGCCCAGCUCAGAAGGGGCUGGAAGAUUAAAGCCACCCCCAACUGCUCACGGGGUGGGGGGAGAGCCACACAGACGGCCCGCUCCCGCAAAGAGCCUCGUGGGACCUCUUCGAACACUUCGUGUGAGCUAAUUGGCUUCAUUAAGAGCAACCGGCAGCGGCCGGGAGCAGCGGCCGGGGACACGGCAGCGCCGACCCCCUCUCCGCCUUCCUGGCGUGGUGCGGGCGGGCCGGGGUGGAGCUCAACCCGAAGGUCCGUCUGAGCAGGGAGGGGGCGGUGGCAGGAUACGGCAUGUUGGCGGCCGAGGAGCUGGAGGCGGGAGAGGUCCUCGUUAGCGUCCCUCGCUCGGCGCUGCUCUCCCAGCACACCAGCCGCAUCCGCACCCUCCUGCAGGACGCCCAGGAGUCCCUGCAGAGCCAGUCCGGUUGGGUGCCGCUGCUGCUGGCCCUGCUACACGAGUACACAGCCAGCAACUCCCACUGGCAGCCUUACUUCUCCCUCUGGCAGGACUUCAGGAGCCUGGAUCACCCCAUGUUCUGGCCUGUAGAAGAACGAACAAGGCUCCUGCAAGGCACAGGCAUCCCAGAAGCUGUGGACAAGGACCUGGCUAACAUCCACCUGGAGUACAGCUCCAUCAUCCUGCCUUUCAUGGAGUCCCACCCCAACAUCUUUGACCCCAAACUGCACACACUGGAGUUGUACAAGCAGCUGGUGGCAUUUGUCAUGGCCUACAGCUUUCAGGAACCUUUGGAGGAGGAAGAUGAAGAUGAGAAGGGGCCCAAUCCUCCCAUGAUGGUGCCUGUAGCAGAUAUUUUGAACCACAUGGCCAACCACAAUGCCAACCUAGAAUAUGCUCCCCAAUGUUUACGAAUGGUUACCACACAGCCCAUCAGCAAAGGACAAGAGAUCUUCAACACGUAUGGGCAGAUGGCCAACUGGCAGCUCCUACACAUGUAUGGCUUUGCAGAGCCAUACCCUGGCAACACCAACGACACAGCUGACAUCCAGAUGGUGACAGUACGCAAAGCAGCACUGCAGCGUGCCAAAAGCGAAGCACAGCAGCAGCUGGUCUCAGAGCAGUGGGACUUCUUGUGCCAGCUGGAGAUGGUGGGGGAGGAAGGUGCCUUUGUGCUUGGCUGGGAUGAGGUGCUGACAGAAGAGGAGCUGUCCAUGACCCUGAAGGUGCUGUGCAUGUCCGAAGAAGAAUUCAAGGAGUAUAAGGAACAAGAUAGCUGGGAAGAUGACAGUGAGGAAGAAGAAAACUCUACCCUUUCGAACGAGGCUCUCUCCAAACUCAAAACCCCUUGCAAGAAGCUCCUUUACAACAGUGUGCUGCUGACCCUGGAGUCCUACGGGUCAGACUUGAAAGCAGAGCAGGACUUGCUAAAUAACAAGGAGGCUUAUGAGAAACUGAGUCGAAGGGAGCAGCAAGCUUUGCAUGUGCGCUACGGACAGAAAAGGAUCUUGCAUCAGCUGCUAGAGCUGGUACGCUAGAAACCUCACUGCCCUUGGAAGUGAACUGCCUGGAACUGUGCGCAGGAAGGAAAGUCAGCCUUUGGCCAUCUCUUCUGCAGCAGCAAGAACAGAUGGCAAGAUUGAAGGCCCACUUGUCCUCAUAUGACAUGUGGCUUUUUAGCUACCUCUCCAUAAACAAAGUAUCCUCCACACCACAGAAGUGGUUUUGGGUGGCCUUAUCUUACAAUGGGAGCUCUGGAGCACGAUGACCACCUUUCUUCUAGAGGACUUAAGAAAGCCCAGACCUCCUAAUGGCUGUUUUAGGAAGGCAGACAGACACUGUCAGAACAGCAAGUGGGUUCCCUCAUUCAGCAACAGAAGUUUAAGGCAAGAACUGCUCCUUGUCCAGAUGAAGAGGGCAGAAAUCCAGCUAGUAGCUCUUACCUUACAAAGGUUCAGAGUAAACAUCCAGCAGGUGGACAUGCUGACAACACUAAACUCUUCACCUGUACUUAGUUAAUACUGAGCAUUUUAAAGAGUACAAGCCCAUCCAUCUGGUUUUCAUGUAGGCUCACAGUAUAGCAAGAUGCAUUUCCUUUUACCUCUAUAAAAGCCACUCCUGUAUGGGCUUAAGACUAAAGGAGCACUGUCACAGUUCUGCAGCUGCUGUAGGCUAAGCAUUUGAUACACACCCUCCAGUUGACAGUACAGUUCUUCCCUGAACUCAGGCAUUGCUCUGCAUCAUGUUUAGCUAUAUAUUAGUAUUUUUCCCUCAGCAGUUUUUGCAUGACAAAACACUGGAGGUUUGCAGGCCAAGCUACAUAUAAUAAAGACAAUGUUUCUUACCCA